AUGCCAUACCCUUUGGUACUCUCCACUGCUAGGUAUCAGUGGAAGGAAUUGUUUGUGGCUGUAAAGCUAGAUGUUGCAGGGUGCUAUCUCUUUAAAUUUAGGGAUGAACAGGCUAAGCAACAUGUUUUGGAUGGUGGUCCUUAUUUCUUUUCACAAAAAUACUUGGUCCUCAAAGACUGGCAUAGAAUGAUGAAGCCAGUUAAAGACCAACCUUCUCAUAUUCCAGCUUCGGUGAGACUAUAUGACUUACCCCUAGAGUUAUGGAAUCAAGAGUGUCUGAGUAGAGUAGCUAGUACCAUUGGCAAACCACUUAAUGUGGACCAAGCUACAACUAAAACCUCAAAACAACGAGGCCUUCUCCAAACAAAAUCCUCAAAACAACUGGGCCUUCUCCAAACAAAAUCAACUAGUGCUAGAGUCUGUAUUGAGAUCAGUGCAAAGCAUGACCUUCCUAAGGAUGUGAGAAUUUCUAUAGAGGAUGAUGAAUUGGAAAAGGUGCUUGAACAAAAGGCUGCCAGUCAUGAGUGGAUCCAAGUAGGCAAUGGUAAACAAAAGGUUGUCCCCUAUGACAACUUGGCUGCCCCUUCAAGUCCUCAUAAUAUCAGUGUCUCAACUGAUCCCACUGUGAUUCAAGUAGAAGAAUUGGGACUGGAAGAGGUUACCACUCUUUCUGAUCUUAAGAAGCCCACUACUCUUAAACCAUCUGAUUGUCAAGGUUUAGAACAGGGGGAGGAAGCUGCAAUUCUGGUUUCCAAUGAAAUCAUUGAUCCCUAUCAACUACUUUCCAAUACUACUCCUUUCAAUCUCUGCAUCAUUUUGUUACUUUGUGCUAUUGUUUCUAUGUCUUUACAAGCUUUCAAUUUAGGUUUUUGGAACAUUCGUGGUCUAAAUGGCCCCAUUAAGCAGAAAGAAGCUAAAUCCUUUAUGAGCACUAAUAAACUUAGUAUAGUAGGCUUUCUUGAGCAUAAAAUUAGGGUAGCUUGGGCGGACAGAAUCACUCAUUUCAUUUGUCCUGACUGGAGUUUUGUGAAUAAUUACUCUCAGGCUGCUUUUGGGAGGAUUUUUGUGGGUUGGGACCUUGGAGUAUUGUCUCUUAUAGUGUUAGGCCAGUCUAAUCAAUUCAUUCAUUGUGAGGUUCAACCCAAAGAUGGGAGUGCACUCUUUUUGGUCACUAUGGUCUAUGGGGCAAAUUCUAAUUUAGAUCGAAGGUCUCUAUGGCAUAGUCUAAUUCAGUUCAGGAACUCUUCACCUUGGGUGGUUCUUGGUGACUUUAAUGCAAUUAGACAUCUUAAGGAGAAAGUGGGGAGGGGGGAGGGGUGUUAUAUUCAGUUGUCUCCACACAUGGAUGACAUUAAUCAUUGUUUGUUUGCCUCAGAGCUUGAUGACCUUAGGUUCAUAGGGUGCCUAUUCACUUGGUCCAAUAAGCAGGUCCCUCCUCAUUUUGUGGCUACUAAACUUGACAGAGUGUUAGUCAAUGAGCCCUAG